AUGGAAGGUCUGAUUCCAAUGGUUUUCAAGGCCUUCAAGAAGAACAGAACUCGCAGCCAAUACAAGUGUCUCUCCACCUCCAACUCUACUCCUCCUCCUCAAAGCUACGACUUCUCACACGUCUAUCCUCAAGGUUACACCUACCACUAUGCCACGCCGCCGCCCCAUCCCGCUAGCGGCAGAGUUAACGGCCGACACCGCCGAACCAUGUCCUCCAUGGGCGAUUACUCCACCGGGUCUUCAGCCCCGGAGCCAGAGGAACACAGGCUCAAGUCCAGGCAGCUUUUGCGCCUUGGCAGCCACGGUUUCUUGUCAUGUGUCAAAUAG